AAUUUCAUUUCUCUUUCUCUACUCUCACGCAAACAAAAAAGAUCCAAAAUCCCUACAACCAUUUUCUCGCAUUUUCCAUCACUUUCUCAGUCGAGAAAAAACUUCACCGGAAACUCAAGAUGUGGAAUCGGAAUCAACCCUACGGAAAAACCGAUGUUGAAACCGGUUCAAGACCUCUCUAUCCGAUGAUGCUCGAAAGCCCCGAACUCCGAUGGUCCUUCAUCAGAAAAGUCUACGUCAUCAUCGCUCUUCAACUACUCGCCACCAUCGCCGUCGGUGCCGUCGUUGUAACCGUUCGUCCCAUUUCCACUUUCUUUGCCACCACCGGCGCUGGUCUUGCUCUUUACAUCGUUCUCAUCUUCGUCCCUUUCAUCACGUUGUGUCCACUUUACUAUUAUUAUCAGACGCAUCCGAUUAAUUACCUUCUUCUUGCGGUUUUCACUCUCUCGCUUUCUUUUGUUGUUGGAUUGAGCUGUGCUUUCACUAGCGAGAAAGUAAUUCUGGAAGCUGUUAUAUUGACUGCUGUGGUGGUGAUAGCUCUGACUCUCUACACAUUUUGGGCUGCAAGUAGAGGCUAUGAUUUCAACUUCCUUGGCCCCUUCUUGUUUGGUGCUAUACUAGUUCUUAUGGUCUUUGGGAUGAUUCAGAUUUUCUUUCCAUUGGGCAAGUUAUCUACAAUGAUCUAUGGUUGCUUGGCAGCAAUUAUAUUUUGUGGCUACAUCCUAUAUGAUACAGACAACUUGAUCAAGAGAUACUCUUAUGAUGAAUUCAUUUGGGCUUCUGUCUCCUUAUAUUUGGACAUCAUCAACCUUUUCCUGUCUUUGCUCACUAUUUUCAGAGCUGCUGAUAGUUGAAGUCCUUGUACUUAUUGGUACGUACUAGUUGUUUUCUGAUGGGGGGUUAGUGGUAUACGAAAACAAGUUCUUAUCUGUUAAUAAAUCUUUGUGGCUUCCAUGUUGCACCUGUUUCUCGUACUGGAUUAUCACACUACUGUUAAGGCUGUUGAUACAUAUUACUGUAGUUGAUUAACGAUGUUAUUUUGAAUUGUAAAUACGUUCUUGAACACUGUUCUCUUGAUUCAUUGUUCUCUUGAAUGUGGAUGCUUGAAAUAUUAUUAGUUCAUUACUCCUCCCCGAGUGUUCAAAAUCAAA